GUGCCACACUCUGUCUGCACCCUCCCCCCAACCAGAAGAACAAAACCCAUCAACGUCACUCGCUCUCUCUCUUACACUCUCAAUCUCUCUCUCUCAUUCAUGUAUUGUCUUGUAUCAUCCCAUUCUCCAUUGCGCCGGUAAAAGAUUUUCUGGGAGGGUGGGCGGCGAGGUGGGAUUUGUGGGUAGGAGGGAGAGUGGUGGAGAAUUGGAGGUGGGGUUGACAUGAGUCUUGUUUGUUGCAGUGCCCCCGCAUUGCUGGUGCUGGUGCUGCCCACCGUCACCGCAACUGGAGGCUCCAGGAGGCAUGGAGCCGCGGCCGCGACUGGGCGGGUUGGUGCGCGGCGUAGAUCUGAGGUGGUGGUGAAGGGAGUGGGAGGAGUGCGGGCGGUGGCGGGGAAUUGCGGGUGGGUGUUGGGCGGAAAUGCGCGUGGCGUCGCAGUGAUGCCGCCACUGACUGGGGAUGGGGGUGCGAGAGUGGCGAGGAAUGUGAGGCAGGUGCGCGAUCUGUGCACUCGGUGCGUGGGGUCGGAGGAGUGCGAGGGGGAUGGGGAGAAGGCGGGGAGCGGGGACGGCUAUGUGGGGUCAUCGGAGAAGAAGUUUCUGACGCUGCCGACGAUUCUGACGUUGGCGCGAGUGGCCGCGGUGCCUGCGUUGCUUGCUGUGUUUUAUUGUGAGGAAAAAUGGGCGACGACGGCAGGGGCGACCAUCUUUGUGGUGGCAGCCGUGACGGACUGGCUGGACGGGUAUCUGGCGAGAAAGAUGGGGUCGAGCUCGGAGUUUGGGGCUUUCUUGGAUCCGGUUGCAGAUAAGCUGAUGGUGGCGACCACAUUGGUGUUGCUGUGCACAAGACCUCCCGUAGCGGCGCUGGCGAAGGUGGGGCCUUGGCUGCUUCCGGUGCCAGCGAUCACGAUCAUCGGGCGCGAGAUCACGAUGUCGGCACUGCGAGAGUGGGCUGCAUCUCAGGGCGGAGACGUUCGGCAGAUGAGAGAGGUAAGGCGAGUGUGCGAGACUGACGAAGAGGUGGAGUUGCAGGCGGUGGCGGUGAACAGCUUGGGGAAAUGGAAGACAGCAGCACAAAUGGUAGCUCUGACGUUGCUGCUGGCGGGGCGGGAUGGCGGGGGAGGAGUCGCACUGGGAGCAGCAGGUGUGAGUCUGCUAUACGUGUCGGCAGGGUUGGCUGUGUGGUCGCUUGUGGUGUACAUAAGAUCGAUGUGGAACCGAUUAGCACAAUAGUGAUGCAAAAUGGAGGGUCCAGGGUGAUAGGAGUUGGUAGAGAGAGUAGAACCAAGGUGAAAUUUUGGAGCUGUACAUCGUGGAUUUGUUGGUCGAAACGGAGUUUUAUCCGUAUGGCUAUGUAUGCGGUUUUGUUCGUUUGGCGGAGGGCGAUGUUAUUGAUUUGUUUCGACUUUAGAGUUUUCGAUGCGGAUAAUCAGUUCGGUUAGUUGGCAGAGAUUUCAGUGAGAAUUGAAUUUUAUUGCCUGCGGUGAUGAAUUUGAGUUUGAAUUAUGUGUGCUGUUUAUUUAAAGUGUUUGUCUUAGACUAAUUAGGCAUUGGUAAGUACCAAUUCCAUUCGUGUGGGUUGCCGUUGCUGUUCGUCUCCCAGCAUAUGAGUUAUUACGAAACGAAGUGUUAAUGUUGCACAUGGUCGUGGAGCAGGAAUCUUGUUAAACAAAUAUAAAUAACUGUCGCACCUUAGAUGUGAUGUUUUUUACAGUGCUGUUAGUAGUUGUUAAUUUUAGAGCAGGUGUGCUCAAGCAUUAAUUGUUCGGUUCUGCGGGAGUGAGUUUUGACAACGAAUUGGAGUUUGAUUUCUGACAUAUUGAUGGUUCAGAGCACGUUACAAUCGUCAAUGCAAGGGAGGGUAUUUAGUUUCCUUUUGAGAAUCGAGAAAUAAAUUUGUGUCAGUGAGAUUGUCGGCCGAUCAUAUUGAAAAGGGAAGUAUAAGUUAGGUUCAUGAUCGAGCAGGAGUGGUUUUUGACUUAGAGUGCGAUCGUUGGUGUGUAUCAGCAAUGUUCCUUUCAGUUUAGCAUGAGUUGAAAGUGCUCAUUAUGUUGUAAUCGUAGUCAUCGUCAACAAUCUUCGUGGCUUUUAUUGAAGAAUCAUCUUGCUCGUG